AUGAUGGACAGUCAUACGACAUUGCUUCUAAUGUGCUUGACUCUCUCAGGGCUAGUCUAUCAAGUGAUUUCAAUCGGAACAUUCAUCAGGUGUUGUGACGCUAAUAAGGGCCCAGAACAGCAGCUGGGAUGUGUUGGCGACAAUUUUCAUGUUGCAAACUGUCAGGGUAAAAAUGUUGAACUUUCUUGUGAGAAAGUUGAUUAUCUCGGUAAUCAGGCAAAGUGUCCGAACGAUCCGAGGAAGUACGCCUUUCCAGACAAAAGUCGAUGUGAAGGCACCAAAACUCCUAGAUGCGUAGACAUUUCAGGACCGAAUACCAUUCAAGAUUUACCAGUGGUACAAGAGCCAAUUGGGAAGUUCAUCAGAUGUUGUGACGCUAAUCAGGGUACGAAACGGCAAUUGGGAUGUGAAGGGGAAAAUUUUACAAAGGCGACUUGUGGAGGUAAAGAGGUGGAAUUGACUUGCAUGGGUGUCGAUUAUAUUGGAAACCAGGCUAGGUGUCCUGAUGACAAAAGAAAGUUCCCCUUUCCCGAAAAGCAUCAAUGUAAAGAUAAGAAGACACCCAGAUGUGUUGAUAUAAGUAGUGUCACGAAGUGA